AUGUAUCACGAGUUAAAGUCCAAGUUUCAGGAAUCCAGGGAAGCCCUAUUCCCAAAGAAAAAGUUUGCGUUUGGUGCAAAAGCUGCGAGAGCCAACCGAAAGACUCCAACCAUGGAUAAUGGCCACAAAUCCACUGUGACCACUGAAAAAGUUAACUUGGAACAGCAACAGCACCGACUGAAGCUCUCCGAGCCUCCACCCAAAUACAGUUUCUCCGACCUCGCAGACCGUCCUGACUUGCGGCUGCCAGCCCGUGGCGAGCCCGAGGAAGCCCUGCUGGGUCAGUCCAUCUACCUCUCCAAUCUGGAGCACUGCGUGAUCUACAUUGAGGGCGUCGCCGGC